AUGUCGUGGCAGACGUACGUCGACGACCACCUGUGCUGCGAGAUCGACGGCCAGCACCUCACCUCCGCCGCCAUCCUCGGCCACGACGGCAGCGUCUGGGCCGAGUCCCCCAACUUCCCCAAGUUCAAGCCUGAGGAGAUUGCUGGCAUCGUUAAAGACUUUGAAGAACCUGGACACCUUGCACCAACUGGUCUUUUCCUUGGAGGCACAAAGUACAUGGUCAUCCAAGGUGAACCUGGGGUUGUCAUCCGAGGAAAGAAGGGCACCGGUGGCAUUACUAUCAAGAAGACCGGCAUGGCCCUGAUUCUUGGUAUCUACGAUGAGCCCAUGACUCCUGGCCAGUGCAAUUUGGUCGUGGAGAGGCUCGGCGACUACCUGGUCGAGCAGGGUUUCUAA